CGACGACGUCCAGACGUUUAUCCAUCUAAUAGAAGUGAACAUCCUGUGUAACUUCGGACUCGAACGUCUGAAAGCGCAAGUAUACCUGUUGGGAUGAACGGCCCUCGUUGGCCAUAUCUUCGUGCGCCUGACAUCUCCGACCUUCGCACGCGAGAAUGCUGGAUAUGCAAGGAAGAUGAGACGUUCUCCGAGCGUGCACAGCAGAAGAAGGAGUCGGUGAGCAAGUGGAUCCACCCGUGCAAGUGUACCCUCGUGGCACAUGAGAGUUGUCUAUUGGAAUGGAUUGCCAGAACGCAGCAGAGUUUGGACCCACCACCACAGUGUCCUCAGUGUAAUACCCCGUUCGAAUUGGCCACGAAGAGGGGGUUGGUCCUCAGAUGCCUAGAUUGGUUGGACAGCAGGAAGGGAACAGUAGUGAGCGCACUGAUUCUCACCGGGUUCACAGGCGGGUUCCUCAUACUAAGCACGACGUACGGCGUGCAUGCUCUCCGGUUACUAGUGGGAAAAGAAAUGUGCAAACUGAUGAUCGGCGAGAGUCCGAGUGAAUGGCCUUUCGAGGCGUGGGUGAACCUCCCACUCAUUCCAUUCGCGUUGAUGACCACACAAACGAGUCGCCUAGACCCGUUCCUCCUCUCUCUCCCCUUCCUCGCCUCUCCCUACCUGCACCUAGCCGAGCACCCAGCAGGCUCCUUGACAUCCUCACCCUUACUUCCCUCCAUCUCGCACGCAAGAGAACCAAUAAGCCCCACCUUCCCCCCAUCCCCAAGUCUGCUGAUCGCCCUUCUCCCUCUGGUCAAGUUCACCUACUCCUCUCUCCGGCAGCACAUGAUCCGCCUGCUUCUCGCCCCUGGGCAUCGAGGGCGAGGUGGCGCUCUGGGGAUAGCGGACGUAGACGCUGGCCCAGAAAUACGCGAAGAGUUCGGCCUACGCGUGCAGGUCGAAGACCAGAAUGGCAACCAGCAGAACUGGGCCCGUGGGCUGGUGCUCAAUGGCACCACCGUGGGGACGUUCGUCACCUACUCCCUCUCUCUCCCUAUCAUCGCUUCCCUAUCCGGGCGUGCCCUCCGCUGGGUAGCAGACUACUCCGCAACCCUUCGCAAGUUCCUGGCGAUCGACGCACACCUCAUACCGAACAUGUAUCGUCCCGCAGCGCGCAUAGGUUUCUUGGGCCUACGUGCACCCAUAGGCGUAACAGACUUGGACCCAAUAUGGUGGCGCAACGCUGUGGGGUUGUGCUUGUUUACGGUGACGAAGGACGCGGUGGCGCUGUUUCAUGCGUGGUCGAGGAGGGAAGAAAAACGGACUAGGAGGAUCGUGAGUAGGGAUUUUGCAGGACUGGACCUGCAGGGGUUGGAUCUGAUUGUGUGAACAUCUAUUGAACUGUGGAGAGAGGGAGAUGGAGAAG